AUGGCAAGGGGGAAUAUAGCCAAUAGGUAUCUCCAAAAUAUUGAAGGAGGGUCUACCACAGCAACAAGUGCAAGCAAUAACUUUGCCCUGAGAAUCUUUAGUAGCAGUCCAUUGCGAGAGAAUAAAAACGUCGCCAAUCUGGGCAGAAUCACAUCACUAAAAUCUAACUUACCGACUCCACGCAAUAAUUUACUAAAAGAAGAAGAGCCAAGUGAUGUCACUGGUCUCAGGGGAAGGAAGAAGUUUACUAAAAAAGCCUCAGACGAGAACUUGAAUGCUUCAUGGUUUGACAAUCAAAGACAAUCAUUGCAAGGGUACGAAUACCUUUGUCGUGUUGGCGAAGCAAAGAGAUGGAUUGAAAACUGCAUUGAAGAAGAAUUGCCUUCAGAAGCUGAGCUUUGUAACGAUGGGUUCAGAGAUGGAGUGAUUCUCGCAAAAUUGACCAGAGCUUUUGUCCCCGAACUUGUGAGAAAAAUAAUUCCCUCAUCAAAGAAGUUGCAAUUUAGACAUACCGAAAACAUCAAUAAUUUUUUUCAAUUUCUUGAUAUAGUCGAAAUCCCAGAGUUGUUUAGAUUCGAAUUGACAGAUUUAUACGAUAAGAAAAAUAUACCCAAAGUGAUUUUCUGUAUCCAUGCUCUCAGUUUCUUGUUGGCCCAAGAUGAAAAAGCUCCUCAGAUGACAGAGUUGGUGGGGAAGUUAGAGUUUACAGAUGAGGAAAUUAGUGCUUCACAAAAAGCCUUGAAUGGAGCCCACUUACCUAACUUCAAUUCAGUGAAAAAAGAGCAAUCAAAUGAAACUCUGGUAAGAUCGAAUUCCCCAAACAAAGGCUUAAGUUUCAGAAAUAAAUCUUUCAUUGAUUAUGAUGAUGAAAAUUACAACAGCAGAGCACCAGCUAGUCCAAAACGAAAAUCUGUUCCGCUCUCAGUGACAAAGAAGGUAGAGUCUGAGCCUGAAUCUGAAGAUCCAGAACCAACAAAUGAGGAGCUUGAACUUGUACUAAAAAGUGUGAUAAGAUUCCAAUCUUUAGCAAGGGGAUCAAUUUUUCGUUAUAGAAUGUUUGUUCAGAAAAUGGUUCUAAAAGCCAAUGAGGAGUAUCUUAGAGAUAUACAAUCUAUUUUUAGGGCCAAAAAAUUUAGAAACGGUCCGUUUAUUAAAGAGUCAAAAAUCCAGAAGACAACACCAUCAGUGAUCGAACUUCAAUCGUUUAUAAGAGGUGCUAUGACAAGAAAAGUACUAAGGCACUCAGUGAAAAAAAUACACAGGAAAAACAUUGAUCAUAUUGUUGUUUUCCAAUCAUGUAUCAGAGGCACUCUAUUGAGAUCCCACCUUUUGACUCAACUUGAUGAUCUAGGCUGCACUGAGUCAUUAGAAUCUAUCAUUAAACUCCAAUCCGUUAUAAGAAGGGUAUUAUACAAAAGACUUUUUGAAAAAAAUAUCAGGGAAGCUUUUGGUUCUGCGACCUCUUUAAUCGAACUUCAAUCAGUAAUCAGGGGGGGAUUAAUUAGAAAAGAUCUUGUUCAUUGUUUGAAAACUCUUGAUUUUACUUCUUCCUCAAUUACAAAACUCCAGGCGAUGAUUCGAAGAAAAAUCUUCUCCCAAAAACACCAAUCAAACUUGAAGAACCUUGCAGACGCCUCUUCGUCAAUAAUAGCUUUCCAAUCCAAGGUCAGAAUGAUAUUAUACGAAAAGAAAUUCAGAAAGAUGCUACAAUAUCUUAACAAUUGCCGCUCACCCAUUACCGAGCUUCAAGCAAUUUCGAGAGGUGGUGCUUCCAGAAUCAAAUUGAAUGCUACUUUAGACACUUUGGAUUUGUGUGAAAACAAGGCAAGUAAAUUAACAGCAAUUAUCCGAGGUAACCAAACUAGAGAUUCUGUGAAUAGUUUCAAGGCGCGUCUAAGGAAAGAAGGCUCAGAAGAUAUUACAUAUAUUCAAGCUGCAAUUAGAGGGUUACUUGCAAGGUUUGGUCAAGAUAUGUUUUUAGAUGAGUUGGAGGACCAUGAGACACUGAUCAUUUCUGUUCAAAGCAAGAUUCGAGGUAAUCUUAAACGUGAUGCUGACCGCAAACGGGAUGAAUACUAUUUGGCUAAUGUUGAUAAAGUGAUUAAGAUUCAAUCUUUAAUUAAGGGAAAGGAUUUCACCGAUGCUUAUAAGAAGUUGUUGACUAUGUCGAACCCUCCAAUAGGAGUGAUUGCGAAGUUUGCCCAUUUACUCAAUGAUACUGAUAAAGAUUUUCAAGAUGAGAUAUAUUUCAAUCAACUUAAUGCAAAAAUCGUUCACAAAACUAAGGAGACCGAGAUGCUUGAACAAACUAAUAAGGAGCUUGAUAUCAAGAUUGCCUUGCUCGUCAAGAAUAAGAUUACACUUGAUGAGUUAGUUCGUCAACGUAAUAAUGGUUACCAGGGUUACAAAGUUGACUUGGAUCCAAAUUUGGGAAAUUUAGACAUCAAUUCUCUAAACAAGAUCACAAGAGUUAGAAUUGAAAUUCAUCAAAAAUUGUUCUAUUUAUUGCAAACAGAACCGAAAUAUUUCAUCAAUAUUGUCAACAAGUAUGAGUUCGGGAAAGGCGACAAUCAACACUUAAAAGAAAUACAGUUGAAUAUCUUGAAAGUUUUCAAUCAUGGUGGUUGUGGCUUGGGAUAUGCCAGUGCCAGAUCUAUGAGUCCAAAAAGAAGGGGCAGCCCUACCAGGAAAUCUACUGAUGAAUAUAAAGGGGUAUUCAAACGAGAAGAAUUCCUAUUUAUGAGGUUUUUGACGGAUAUGAUCAAGUUUGAUAUCGAAAAUUCGACGUCUAUUAAUGAUUUUGCAAAUCGGUACAUUGAAAAUUCAGGUACAAUGUGGCAGAAAUUAUUCAAUUCUUUCAUUCGGACUCCAAAGCAGAAGAACAUUUUGAAGAAUUUAUUCGGGUCUUUGAUUAGCUCUGUUGCUGAUAUUGAAAAUUUGUCUCUUGAAAGUGACCCACUUAAGAUCUACCAAUCGAUUCUCGAAGAUGAAGAUAAGCCCGUCCAUACCAGAAUUACUGUUGAAGAGGCUAUUCAGAAGCCAGAGGUGAGAAAUCAAUUUGUGAAGAACUUGGCCCAACUCCGUGAGCUCAGUAAUAGCUUCUUUGAAUUGAUUUGGGAAAAAAUUGAUAUCCUUCCAUUGUUUUUAAAAGUGAUGAUGUCCUCAAUGUUUUUUAGCUUGAAAUCAAAAUUUCAAGAUACAAUUAGUGAGAAGCUAAUUUUGUCGAUAUGUGGUUAUAUACUUGUGGAUCUUUAUUUGAACUCAAUCGUGGUAAGUCCUGAGAACUAUGGUAUCACCUUAACAACUUUAAACACCUCAACAACACUCAAGUUCAAGGGUAAUCUCCAUAAGAUCGCCAAGCUUCUUGGUCAGAUGACCCUCAUGGUGCCAUUCUCCAUUGAAGAAGUCUAUUUGCAACCAUUGAAUGAGUAUAUUGAAUCGCAAAGUGUAUUAGUGGAAAAGAUUUUGAAAAGGCUUACGAUUAAGAGUAAUUGCAACAUUGAGAAAUUGUAUGAAAUGUCAGUUCUUGAUGACCUUAGUCUCUACAAAAAGCCAACCUUAUUGAUUGAAGUAGAAGAUUUGUCCAAGAUAACCUCGCUUAUUAGUAAUAAUUCUGAUUUAUUGCUGCCUAAAGAAGAUCUCAUGAACAAGUAUUUAAGUGAACUCGAUGAAGUUUCCAAACAAUCACACAAGAGCUUGAAACAUUUAAUUGGAGCUAAAGAGUUUAGGCUUACUUUGGAUCCUGUUAUUAAAGAUAUGGAAAGCGAGUACAACGGGUCUAAGAAAAAUGCUUUACUUAUUCAGGCAAAACGUUGUGUGAUUUAUAUGCUUCAAGUGCAAGGUGGUCGCAAUCUUCUUGACCUUUUAUUGUCCAAAAUAGGUCCAGUCGAUGAAAAGAAAUUUGCACAGAUCAUUCAUAAUGAGGCAAAGGAAAAGAGUGAGAAGAAUAUUUACACAAAUGCUAGCCAGGGAUCUCUUGGUGAUCUUUUGAAAAUGAGUUAUCAUGAUUUGAAAUGCCUUGCUCUAGAAAAAAUAUUGGAAUUAGAAUCAAUGGGGAUUUUGGAAAGAGAAAAUAACUUCCAACAAUUGAUCAAUGAAAUUGCCUAUGAUAUUAGAGCCAAGAAGCAUCAAAGAUUAUCUAAGAAAGAACAGAUAAAAGGGGCAGAGAAGGUAUUAAAGGGUAUUGAAGACAAGGAGAAAAGGCUCAAGAAGAUUCUUGAUGUGUAUAAUGAUUCAAUUUCUAAAGCCAUGGCAUCGCUUCAAUCACAGCCAACUCAAAGCAAGAAAAAGCUUUUUCCAUUUUUUUCCAAACAAUAUUUCUACCAGCGUGAGCUUCGACGUCAAGGAAAGACUCCAAAGUUUGGAUCAUAUAAAUACUCUGCUAAAUAUCUUUCAGAUCAAGGAAUAUUAGGAGAGCUUAAAGGAGUCAAAUGCGGAGUUAUUGGUUUGGAGUUACCCAAGGUUGAUUUCAUGUUCAGUUGUGACGAAGUAGGUGUGUUUCUAAUUGAGGCUGCCAGUGGUUCGGUUCCAAUUCCUGAUGCAAUUGCAAAAUUAAGCUUGGAUGAUUUAUUGUUGUUUCAGUAUGAAAAUAAAGAUUUUGUUGAGAUAUACGAUGGUAUUGUGAAAUUCAACACAGACACCUUCCUCAAUUUCAUUUUCAAGAAAUUUUAUGAUAACUCUGGAUAG